UCCGCACUUGAACUUAAAUUUCAUCCCAUUUUUCACAGGCAACUCAUGCCACUCGCGCAGGCUACAUCCAGAGGGGCAGGACAGGACUCGUCACGCCUAAUGCAAAGAAGUAAAGACAUACUGGACAUUGACAGAGUUGGAGAGGAGGUGGCGUCUUAAUUGUCGCCUGGCUCUCUUCGCUGUCUGCAGGAAAGAGGAAGAAUUGCAAGUCUGCGCACCGAUGCCCGAGCACAUGGAGAUCGCUGCCAGAGGUUCCAUCACUUGGCAAUCCAACUACGCACAGGGAUUUGGAUUUUAGAUAGAGCUUUUGUAUUAUUAUUAUUCAGACAAAGCAAAUUACAUCUUUGCGGAGUAGCGAUAUAGUAAUGGCGUGCGCAAGAACACGGUAGCAUAAGGGAUCUUUGUCAGAAUAUAGUGUAAAUAAAGCGCACUUUUGGUGAAUCGCUUUCUCGUGGGGAGAAGAGGACGUUGAUACUUUGAGGACAUAGUCGUCACUAUACAUUAACAACAAGUCCGCUUUUCGUGUGUUCCAAUACUGGUCAGUCGCCAGACCUUUUACGCACGGCGGUCCCCGUCCAGGUGCCAACGUGCUGUUGGUCAACAAUAGAUUUUACACACGUCCACCGACAAGACUUUCUUGGCAAAACCAAGUGGACAGACAGUUCUUUCACAGCUUUCCUCAAAGCGCUUAAAGAAACAAGCAAAAGUAUCACUCCAAACGAAGAGGCUACAUUUGGGACGGACGAACGCCUCGGGAAAGUUACUGGAAAGCAAAGAGGGGGAGGCACGGGAGCAUCUGACCCGUUCAAGUCCAGGUCUCCGGGCGAUGCGAGUGUAAAUGCCAGGGCAAUGUCCCGUCGCAAGCAGGGGAAUCCGCAGCACUUAACCUUGUCACAGAGGGAGACCAUACGACCGGACACCAAUCAUGAGUCGGAGGCGGGCCAGCGCUCCCCGGCGACCUCCGUGCCCAGUCCGGUGGGCAGCGGCAGUAGCAGCAGCCCCACCAGCAGCAGCAGCGUGGGUAGCACCGGCGUCGGCAACGGUGUCGGCAACAGUGGCAACGGCCUCCGUGCCAAUGGCGGCAACGGCCUCCACGACCUGCUGACGUGCGGCCAGUGCCACACCAACUUCCCGCUGGCCGACAUCCUGCUGUUCAUCGAGCACAAGCGCCGCGUGUGCCGUAACAGGGCCGGAGCCGCGCCGGACGUCUACCACAAGCCGGGCAACCGAGGCAGCCCCUCGCCGCUGCGCGCGGUGGCCGGUGGAAGGAGGCCGGUGGAAGUGGGGGUCCAGGUGGGCCCCGAGGAGCAUGAACAGGAGCGGAGGCUGACCCCUGCCAAAGGCAUCUGCCCCAAGCAGGAGAGCAUCCCUACAGGUAAGGAUGAACCCUCCAGCUAUAUCUGCACCACGUGCAAGCAGUCCUUCAGCAGCGCCUGGUUCCUGCUGCAGCACGCCCAGAACACGCACGGCAUCCGCAUCUACCUGGACACGCACCACCUGACGGGCGGCGGUGGAGGCUCGCUCACGCCGCGCAUGGCCCUGCCGCCCCCGCUGGGCGCUGACUCGCUGCCCCGCUCGCCCCUGGCCAGCUUCCUGGGCGACAGCGCCAACCUGCACAGCCACAUCCUGCGCAUGGCGGCGCCGCUCUUGCGCGAGCACCCCCCGCCCCCUCUGCCGCCCCCACCCCCGCCGGGCUACAUGGAGACGCGGCUACCCUCCACGCCGCCCUCCUUCGUCAGCCCACCGCCCCCUCCGCGACACCACCACCCCCACCACCACCACCACCCGCACCACCACCCGCACCACCACCACCACCCGGCCCUGGAGCGCCUGGGCCCGGAGGAGAUGGGUCUGCUGGCCCAGCACCCGAGCGCCUUCGAGCGGGUGAUGCGCAUGGCGCCCAUGGCCGUGGAGCCGCCGCCCUCCAUGGACUUCUCGCGCCGCCUGCGGGAGCUCGCCAGCAACAGCAACGGCACCACCGGGAGCGUUAGCGCUGCCGCCGCCGCAGCUGCCGUGGCCGCCGCCGGCGGGGGACCCACGCCUCCCGUCUCGCCCAACCGCGUGCCGCCCAUGCACCGGCUGCUCAGCCCCACGCUCUUCCAGCCGGGUGUGGGUGUUGGUGGUGGCGGUGCCGGAGGUAAACCCCCUCCGCCGGGCUCCCUGCUGGGAAGCCCAGCUCUGCUCCAGCUCCAGCAGCAUCACCAGAACCAGCAGCACCAGGCUCCGGCGCUGCCCGGUCCCCAGCAGCAGCAGCAACAGAUGCGGGGAAGCGGCGGCUCCUCUCCCCUGGGCCUGGGCCUGGGCGGCGGCGGCUCCAACAAGUCCAAGUCCUGCGAGUUCUGCGGCAAGGUCUUCAAGUUCCAGAGCAACCUGAUCGUGCACCGGCGCAGCCACACGGGCGAGCGGCCCUACAAGUGCCACCUGUGCGACCACGCCUGCUCCCAGGCCAGCAAGCUCAAGCGGCACAUGAAGACGCACAUGCACAAGACGGGCUCCAUCAGCAGCUCGCCUGAGCCCGGCAGCGGCGGCGGCGGCAAGGACGCAUCGUCAGGCGAACAGUGCAAGAACAGCACGGCCGGAGGCUCGGACGGCAUGGGACAGGAGGACGAGGAGGAGGAAGAGGAGGAGGAGGAGGAGGAGGAGGAAGAGGAGGAGGAGGAGGCCCUGCCGCCGCAGCAGAACGGCAGCCGGCCCGGCUCCAACCUCAGCAUGGACUCGCCGCCGUUCAGCCGCAACCGCAACAACAACAACGGGCCGCGGGCGUCUCCCGACGAUGACAAGGGGCACGAGAUGGGGCGCGCCGGUCUCUACAGCAACAACCUGGACAAUCAGAUGAGGGGGCUGCCCAACAUGCACGGGCGCCCUCCGCAAGGCCGCGCCUCUGAGGAGGAGGAGGAAGAGGAGGAGGAAGAGGAGGAAGACGAGGACCAAUCAGGGAGGGAGAGGAGACACCAGAUGCAGCAGCAGCAGGAACAUCAACAGCAGCAGCAGCGGGAGCAGCAGCAGCAGAAGCAGCAGCACCUCAUGGUCAAUGGCCGUGACUGCCGUGACUCGAAGGACUCCCUCCCCGGGGCGCUGUUCCGCCGCAAGCCCAUGCCCAUCUCCAGCAGCAGCCCAGGCCUGUCGGACUCCAAGCGCAUCAAGGUGGAGAAGGACCUGGAGCUGCAGGUGCCCAUGCCCAUGCCCACGCUCAUCUCCACGGAGAAUGUCUACUCCCAGCUGCUGGCCGGCUACGCCGCCUCGCGCCACCACCACCACUUCAUCCGCGAGCCCUUCCUGGGCUUCCCGGACGCGCGCCAGUCCCCCUUCGGCACCUCCUCCGAGCACUCGUCCUCCGAGACGGGCAGCCUGCGCUUCUCCACGCCGCCGGACAUGCUGGACGGCAGGCCGCUGUCGGGAGGGGGCGGCGGCGGCGGCGGCGGCAGCGGUCGCAGCGGGGGCAGCGGCAGCAGCACGCCGCACCACGUCAGGGGCCCGGGGCCCGGCCGGCCGCCCACCGCCAGGGACCGCAGCCGCAACGACACCUGCGAGUACUGCGGCAAGGUCUUCAAGAACUGCAGCAACCUGACGGUGCACCGGCGCAGCCACACGGGUGAGCGGCCCUACAAGUGCGACCUGUGCAGCUACGCCUGCGCCCAGAGCAGCAAGCUGACGCGCCACAUGAAGACCCACGGCCAGUUCGGCAAGGAGGUGUACCGCUGUGACAUCUGCCACAUGCCCUUCAGCGUCUACAGCACCCUGGAGAAGCACGUCAAGAAGUGGCACGGGGAGCACCUGAUACCCAACGAGGUCAAGCUGGAGGAGGCCGAGCGGGUGUGAAGAGGAGAGGGGGUCAUGACUAUGUUCCCCGGGUCCUAUGUUCCCCGGGUCCUACACUCCCCCCACCCGGGGAGGACGGAACAAAUUCUGGAGGAGGCCGAACGGGUGUGAAGAGGAGGAGGUCAUCCCUAUGUUCCCCGGGUCCUAUGUUCCCCGGGUCCUAUGUUCCCCGGGUCAUAUGUUCCCCGCAACUGGGGAGGACGAAACUAAUUCACAACUCAGAAACAUCGCAUUACUGACAGGUUAUAGGUCCAGGGAUGGUUUUGGGAAGGGUUAGACACAAUGCGAAGGACAUAGAACCCUUUUUUUUAGAAAAGUUCUCCAGUCCCAUACAAAGACCGGGGAAUAUAGGACCCGGGGAAUAUAGGACCUGGAGAACAUAGGACCAUAGGACCAGGGGAACAUAGGUACGCUCCCCUACAGACACCUCUCCCAUUUGCUGGAGGUACAUCCUCUGUACCCAUACGUACCAUACACACAUGUCACUGUCAGACACCACCACAGGAGUACACCGCUCCCUUCCUUCCUUCCUUGCCAGACUUUAUUAUGGGGCUGACUGGAUGACUUUUUGGUUAUUGUUUUGUUUUUGUUACUGUUUCUUUCCUUACUUGGACUUGUGGAAUGACACUUUUUUUCCGUUAUCGUUUCUUUGAUUUGUUUUCUUGUUACAGGGAAGAUAAAAAAAACCCACCUGAGAAAAAGGACAAUAGGAACUGGAUGUGUGCUGUUUUAAAGUUGUCAAAACAAACAAAAAAUCAGUGUGAGAGAAAAAGAAAAAGGCAGAAAGACAAAAAACCAAGCCUUGUGUGGUAUCACCCAACAGAAAAAGGAGUUUAGUUGUGUAGGAAAUGAAUCCAUGGCGCCUUUCUACUGUGCAAUAAUAUCUAUAUUUAUUGGGUUGUUUUGUAAUGGAGCAAGGCAUGUGCAGACCUGUGCAUUAUUGAGGUGUGUUGAUAAUUUCUCAUGGAGAUAGUUUUGAAAUGCUGGACUUCUUUGGAAAAAAAAAAUAGGCUACAAUAUUGAGACAUAUACUGAGAUGUUGGCCAGAAAUGUGCCAUUUUUUUUAUUCAUCUUUUUUGUUGUUGUUGUUGAUGAUGUCGAUGACCAGGGAGGUGGUUAUGUGCCCCAUUGAAUUUCCUAAACGAAGAGACCAACUUCUUAAAAAAAUAUUUUUUCUUUUCAAGGACAUAAGCUUACUACAAUCCCUUUUUAUUAUUAUUAUGAUCUCAUUAGUGGAAAGCACUGAAAUGUCAGCUCGACAAUAAAUAGUAAUGGGAAAAAAUGAAAGGAUUUUGAAAAAAUCCUUGCGCAUUGAAGGCAGCUGAACGGUAGUUAUACUGCCAUGUAUGUGAUUAGUGGGAUAAAAAAGAACCAUGACCCUUUUAAGUCAAUCAUUCACACAAACCCGGGCAUAUGCAGUGGAUGAUCCUUGAAUAUAUAGCUAGAAAGUCUGGAAUACCAAGAAAAGCUCAUUUGUGUGAAGAAAAAAAAAAUCACUGAGAUUGGGGUGGAGUGGGGUGGGGUGGGUAACUACAGAGAGAUUUGGACGUAGUGGCUCAGAUCCUCUCGAUGCAAUUCUCAGAUUAUCAAAAUGUUUACGUUGGCAACCCUGUCAUCCCUCUUAUCGUCUUUUUUUGUUUAUUUACUCCAUUUUCCCUCACCCUCAUCCGAUCCGAUCCAAGCAGAGCAGACGUUGUGUGCUGCACUGUGCUGUGCUGCGUUGUGCUGUUCUGUGCUGCGUUGUGUGCUAGGCUAGGCUCUUUAGCAUCGGGGAAGCGAAAAUCAAAACGCCACCACAGCAGAAAUGUGUUGCAUUCCUAAAUCUGUUAGACAUUAACACUGAUCUCUCAGACAUGCCGCUGGCUGCCCUGGUUUCCCCAGCCAACGCUGCCACCCCUCACCAACUAUCCGCCCGCCUGCCAGACUGCCUGCCCGACUGCCUGCCCGCCUGACUGCACAACUCACGUUUUCUUUCUUUCUCUGCUUCUGUCGUUCUUUCUUUCUUUCUUUCUUUCUUUCUUUCUUCCUUUUUUCUCAAUGGUUCUUUCCUUCCUCCUUCCUAUCUUUUUUUCUGUCCCAUUCGCUCUAUGACUUGUGCUCUUCAUGUGUGUCUUAAGACCUGGUUGUUGCUUUGAGCAGCGCUGUGCCAUUACGUAGAUGUAGUGGCUGAUCCCCACCACACAGCUUCACACUCCAAAUAUUACACUGUUACACUCCUGUCACUGAGGGCGCAGUCUAAGGGGGCAUUGUGCACGUGUGUGUGUGUGCAUGUGUGUCGGUUGAGUGUGGCCCAGCCCAGCAAGGGCCCUGAUGAAAAUGAUUUUCUCAUUAGCGCUUUUC